AUGCUGUUGAGCCGGGUCACCUCCACUCCCUUCUCGGUCCAAGACAUCCUGCAGCUGGAGUGUGAGCCGAGCGAGCCCAAGACUUCGUCACAAUGGAGGGUGCAUAAGAACCCUGAAAAUUCUCAGUUCCUAAGAAUGGACCAGGAAUCCCGAGGGUUAGAGAAUCUCCUUGCAGAUAGUGGAGGCUGUGGAGACAGAGCAGAAAAUGACGGAUCAGACCCUCGGGGUCCCUGGGAGAUAGUCAUGGAAAUGGACACGGAAGGAGUGGGGGAGCCACAGACCCGCCUGGGCGCAGCACUGCCCAUCGGUGCGGGGAACCGUACUCUGGAGCGCAGCUUGGGCAACUGCAGCCACAGUGUGCACCGAGGCGUCCCACAGCAGGCCAAGACCCGGCCGCGGAGGAAGCCCCGCGUGCUGUUCUCGCAGGCCCAAGUACUGGCCCUGGAGCGGCGCUUCAAGCAGCAGCGGUACCUGUCGGCGCCGGAGCGGGAGCAUCUAGCCCGCGCGCUGCAGCUGACGUCCACGCAGGUCAAGAUCUGGUUCCAGAACCGGCGCUACAAGUGCAAAAGGCAGCGCCAGGACAAGACCCUGGAACUGGCCGGGCAACCCCUAGCGCCGCGCCGGGUAGUAGUGCCGGUGCUGGUGCGGGAUGGCAAGCCCUGCCUGGGCCCCGACGCUCCCGCUUUCCCGGGCCCCUUCGCGGCUGCCACCGCACCCUAUUCCUGCUACGGCGGUUACGCGGGCACUGCCUACGGCUCCGGCUACGCGGGCGGCUACACCGGCGCCGGUCCCGCGCCACUCGCGCCGCUGGCCAGCUCUGGCUUCAGCCCCGGAGGACCGAGUGCCACCCUGCAGGGCCAUCUGCCCCCCACGCUGCAGGGGGUCAGGGCCUGGUGA